AUGUCCCUAAGCUCUGCAGCUACCUUUGUGCUCCUGCUGGGCAUCUCUUGGUGCUUUAGGCUUCCAAUGUCAGACGAGUCAGAAAGCGAUGAGUUCACCAAGCAAGAUUAUGAGUUUGCAGAGCGUUAUCUAAAGACUCAUUACAACCUCCGGUCCAAUCCUGCUGGCAUACUGAAGGCAUCAGCUGAUAGCGUUGCUUCCAAACUUCGAGAAAUGCAGGCCUUCUUUGGACUGGAAGUCACAGGCAAGCUAGAUGAAGAAACAUAUGAGUUAAUGCAACAGCCCAGAUGUGGAGUUCCUGAUGUGGGGGAAUACAACUUUUUCCCUCGAAAGCUGAAGUGGUCCCACAAUAACUUAACAUACAGGAUUGUAAAUUACACUCCUGAUCUGAAAAAGUCUGAAGUGGACAGAGCAUUCAGGAAGGCUUUCAAGGUCUGGUCGGAGGUGACACCACUCAAUUUUACUAGAAUUCACAGUGGCACUGCUGAUAUCAUGAUUUCCUUCGGAAGGAGAGAGCAUGGUGACUUCUAUCCCUUCGAUGGACCUUCUGGACUGUUGGCUCAUGCUUUCCCUCCUGGCCCAGAUUAUGGUGGAGAUGCUCAUUUUGAUGAGGAUGAACUGUGGUCAACUGAUUCCAAGGGAUAUAACUUGUUUCUUGUGGCUGCCCAUGAGCUCGGUCACUCACUGGGACUUGAGCAUUCCAGGGACCCAGGAGCUUUGAUGUAUCCAAUUUACACCUACACGGGAAACACUGGCUUCUUGCUUCCAGAUGACGACUUCCAAGGAAUCCAGGCUCUCUAUGGUGCAGGAGACCACGAUCCUCACCCUGAUCACCCCAAAACUCCAGAGAAAUGCAGUGCAAACUUGACCCUUGAUGCCAUCACAGAACUCCGUGGGGAAAUGAUGAUCUUCAAAGAUAGGUUCUUCUGGCGUCUGCAUCCACAGAUGGUUGAUGCAGAAUUGGUACAAAUUAAAUCAUUUUGGCCAGAAAUUCCAGGCAAGAUUGAUGCUGCCUAUGAAGACCCCGAAAAGGAUCAUGUGCUGCUAUUUAGGGGCAAGAAAUUUUGGGCUUUGAAUGGCUAUGAUAUCGUAGAAGGCUACCCGAAAAAAAUCUAUGAGUUGGGUUUGCCACGAUCUGUGAAGGCAAUUGAUGCAGCCGUCCACAUAAGCGACACCAGCAAAACUCUCUUUUUUGUAGGAGAAGAAUACUGGAGUUAUGAUGAAAAGAACCAAGUUAUGGACAAGGACUACCCUAGAUUUAUAGAGGAAGAUUUCCCAGGGAUUGGACACCGAGUGGAUGCCGCCUACCACAAAAAUGGUUAUAUAUACUUUUUCAAUGGACAACUGCAGUUCGAAUUUGGAGUCUGGAAUCAGAGAAUCGUUCGGGUCUUGAACACCAACUCUGUUUUCUUAUGCUGA